AACUCCUUCUCUUUGCAUAGAAAGAGGCAUAGUUUGCUUGCUUUUGGAAGUGAUUAACUGGACCUAAUACCCACUGAACGUAUUGUAGACCUGUAGCUCCCUACACAUGGUUUCAAUAACAAAAUUACACUAGAGCCAUCAUUUUGAGUAUGAUAGGAGUACAAUUCUGUGAAGUAUUUCUUCAGUUAUUGUUUCUCCAACCAAUGCUUACAAAUGACAUGUUACAAAUAGUGAGUUAUAUGUAAUUAAUUCUUUUUUCCUAAUAAUGUUCUAUUAUUAUUGUAACUUAACAAGUUUUGUUUUUGUGGCAUAAAGUAGGAUUUUUUUUCAUAAUUCUAUAUUUAUUGGAAUGUGGCCUCUCUUAAUGGCAGAACUCUUAAGUGACCAGCUACUAGUCAAAGGACACUUAGUAUAAUGCCAAGUUUUUGACUUUGUUUGUGAUUCUAAAUACAUUACAACUGUACCCUCGAUUAGCUUCUGACAUGAUAAAUAAAAAUAAAAUGACAGAAGAAUAUCACAUGGUUUGAGUGCUGGAUUGUGUUGUCCCUUAUGGUAUAUUGUGGAUUUCAACAACAACUAGACAAAUGGGGAGGAAUUGUAUUCUAUGCUGCAGACCAGUGGUCUACAUUUAGAUAUUUUUUUCUUUAGAGAUCAACAAUUAGCAGUUACAUAUACUCUGUGUGUGUGUGUGUGUGUGUGUGUGUGUAUCCAUAUCCAUAUACAUAUAUGUUUGGGGAAACUAUAACUGUAACUAAUUGCUUUUCAAAACCAACUCUCUACAUUCUGUAGAUGCUGAAAUCCUAGGGUGCAACUAGUCAUUGUAGUUUCCAAUUCUAUGCAAGAAUUAUUCAAAAUGUUUCCACUGAAAUGUAGCAAACAUCACAAAUUUGAAUGAUACCCCACAAUUCUCAGGAUAUCUUAAAUAAGCUAAAAAAAAUUGUAGUAAGCCAUUUUUAAGGUAGUGUUUUCAGGAAUUUAAAACAUGCAGCAAAUAAAAUCUGAUGAAAUAUGUGCUCUUUUUUCCACUGUUCAGGACUGUAAAUCCUAUAGUGAAUCUUGCUUAUAACUUACUCCCUUUAUGUGAAAAGUGCUUUUCAGUUCUUAUCUCAGUGGUUCCCAAAGCUCUAAUAUUGUUCUUGUUUGUUUGCUUUUUUUGUUUACUGUACUUAUACCCCACCCUUCUCGCCCCCAAAGGGGGACUCAGGGCAGCUUACAAACUAUGGCAAUUAUUCAAUGCCAGAUUCAGAUAAUAACAAUAUUAAUAAAACACAAUAUAAUAAAACUGUAAUAAAACACAUAUCAAUUAAAAUAGUAUUUCAAAUGAUCAAAACUUAUUAAAACAUAUCAAACUUACAUUGCAUUGUGGCAUGAUUCCAGGUCUUACAGUCCAAUGGCUUAAACGGCCAAAACCCUGAUAAAUAAAUAGCACUCAACAUCCUCAAAUCAUUGUCACACGCAGCCCACCCCCACCUAAAGUCCACCCCACACCCAAUUGUCCUUAAGGAAUGUCCAGUGAGUUGAUGAAAGAUUCCCAAAAAGGCGUCCAGCUGGUCCAGUCUAUUUAGCCCAGACCAGUCUGUUUGGUCCAGGCGGGAGGGGGUGGCUUGAUAAUAAAAGUUCAAACACUGAGCGAUGGUAAGCCACAGCAUCUUCUCCAAGGGCGACAAUGACAAUGGUGGUAGAACAAGCCAGCGGUAGAACACAGCAGCCAAGGAGGCAAUGGUGGAGGAGGCCCCAGGACUGCCUGUCUGGUUUGAAUGCUGUAGCGGUGAUGCCCAAGGGGGCAACGAUGGAAAAGGCCCAACAUUAGAGGCAGCCCAGUGCCCUCACCGGAGGCUCCUCUCUCAGCUGAUUUUACUAGUCUGGGCUGCAAGGUUUUAAAGCAGCCAGCAGCGUGGAGGGAAGUUGUAGAAGCUUCUUUCUUCUUGUUUUUACAAAUGGGGAUUGCAGAUUAACAGUGUGCAUAGGUGUAUGAAAAUCUAUUCAGAAGUUCUCUUCCCACCCCUCAUUUGAGUUUAGUAGAAAGUGUUCAUAGCAUUGAAACUUUCACUUGGAAGUAAACCCCGUGAAAUUCAGUUUUUCUUCUGAGUAGACAUGCCUAAAAUUGUAUUGUUAGAGUAACUUGCCUAAGGCCACCUAGGUACUAAUUUAUAAUUGCAUACAGACCACACACUUUCCUCACUAAAUUUUAGAUGCAAGUUUUCCUUGCCAUAUAUUGCUUUUUCUAAAAAGGAUUAUUACAACUAAAUAGAAUACAUUUGAGGAUUCAGCAUUGUCUAACUUCUUGCUUUUCAUUCCUGGACCUUGAUAGCCUCUGUCAGUGUUUCUCAGCUUGAGUGUCCAGUGUAUCUUUUAAGAAGAAGAGAAAUUGUGUUAGAGAUGUGGCCAGGUUUUGUUUUGUUUACAUUCCAGAAGUUUGGAACUGGUCUGCCUUGCUGGCUUCAGCAAAGUGCUUUGCUGUGCUCUACUCUGCCCCGCCCUUAACUCUCCGCACAGGCUUAGACCUUGCCAUUUACUGACACUGCAUUUCCAGUUUGACUGAGGUGUUUUGUUUCAACUGCAUUCGCUUGCGGUGCUCCCUUGUUGGAGUUUCUUUGGGAACGCUGUUGGGAAUAGUAGCUUUACCUGGGUGCAGAGGGGCAUCUGUCACAUCUUGUUUAAUAUUUACAUGGAAAAUGUCUUUCUCAAAGGCUCUCGGUGCCCCAUGUUUUACAGUACAUGAACAGUGGGCUAGUCCAGGUGUUUCCUCUUCUGUUUGCGUGAUAUGUGAAUUGGGAAUUCAAGAGAAGAGUUGGCAGAAUGGAAGAGCUGAGGGACAGUCGGCCCAAUAUGUCAAGACCUCUGAUCACUAGGUCCCCUGCAUCUCCUUUGAACAAUCAAGGCAUUCCCACGCCAGCACAGCUCACAAAAUCCAAUGCACCGGUACAUAUUGACGUGGGUGGGCACAUGUAUACCAGCAGCUUGGCCACACUUACUAAAUAUCCUGAUUCCAGAAUUGGGAGGCUUUUUGAUGGCACGGAGCCCAUUGUUUUGGACAGCCUGAAGCAGCAUUAUUUCAUCGACAGGGAUGGCCAAAUGUUCAGAUAUAUCUUGAAUUUUCUACGAACAUCAAAACUCCUCAUACCAGAUGAUUUCAAGGACUAUAGUUUGCUAUAUGAAGAAGCAAAGUAUUUUCAGCUUCAGCCCAUGCUGGGCGAAAUGGAAAGGUGGAAACAGGAUCGGGAGACAGGCCGGUUUUCCAAAUCCUGUGAAUGUCUGGUUGUGCGAGUUGCUCCAGAUCUCGGGGAGAGGAUUACUUUGAGUGGUGACAAGUCCUUGAUAGAAGAGGUUUUCCCAGAAAUCGGUGAUGUGAUGUGCAAUUCGGUGAAUGCAGGUUGGAAUCAUGAUUCAACACAUGUAAUCAGAUUUCCUUUAAAUGGAUAUUGUCAUCUUAAUUCAGUUCAGGUACUUGAGAGGUUGCAACAAAGAGGGUUUGAAAUUGUUGGCUCGUGUGGUGGAGGGGUGGACUCUUCCCAGUUCAGUGAAUAUGUACUUAGGCGAGAACUCAGACGGACAUCUCGUUCAUCCUCUGUCAUUCGAAUAAAGCAAGAGCCUCUGGACUAAGGACAAUUUUUUUCUUAUGCAACAGCAACAAAAAAGAGGGACUUCUUUCAUGUGCAUAUGGGACACCAAAAGAGCCCUGGAACGAAAAGCUGAAUAAAGACACAUUUAUAUCAAAUAUAGAGACCACACCUGUAUUCAUAUGGGGGCAUUUGGAAAAGUAAUAAUAACCUCAAGGUGUAAAAUAUGUAUAUGUGAAUUGUUAGAAAUGCAAAAAGAAAAAAAUGCUAACAGUGGUAGAUGAGGUUGGUGCUGUGAUGGCCAUUAAGUGUCCUAGGCCUUCGCUAGGCCUGAUAUAACAAUACAGAAGCCAUUGCCAUUAGAGGGAGGCCCACAAUUCUUUUUUAUUUCCCAUUGCCAAAUGGCAACAUGACUUUCAGUGCAUACACCCUGAAUAAUGUUUGCAGACAUAUGUCUUAGAAGUGACUGGGCACAACUCCAGAAAAUAUCCAUCCAUUACAUAAAGGUCAUGGACAGCAGUUUUUAAUGUAGCUUGUAUGGAAGGCAUGCACUUCUGUCCACCUGACAGAUGUGAAGAUUUGCCUUCUUUUUUAUCAUUUUUUUAUUUUACAAAGGAGCCAGAAUUUUGUUACUACUUAGUUAGAUGUGAUUUGGUUUGAGUCUGGUGUUCUCAAAUGUUUUCCCCCAAAGAACACGGUAGGUAAUAUAUGAAGUACAAUAAAUUCUGUUAAAAAUCCAGUCUUCAGCCAAGACUCGCCCAAAAAUGUUAAAUAAAUUUUUAAAAGUCAAGGUUAACAUUAGCUUUUACCUUGUUUAUUAUGCAUUUGAUAUGUUUAUUGGAUGUAUGUGGCGUUGAAUUCUGUGUGCAAAGAAAAAAAUAUGAAGGCAUGAGGGAGCUAAGGAAAGGUUAUUACUAUAUUUUUAGUACCUAGUGAGAAAUUGAUCUGAUGCUCUUUUUGGUGCCCCUUUCUCUCCUUCACUGAUUCUGUUUGGAAAAAGUGAUCAUUCUGAAAAAAGAUCUUGCUGCCAGCCAUGACCAUUUCUUUGGUAAAGCAGUUAAAUGCAAUUCUGUGCAAUUAUCUUUAACUAUUUUUAAUGCUACUCAAUAUAAUUUCAUUAGUGUCCAUAAAAUUAGUCCCUUGAAAUUUACACUCAAUUUUUCUUUUCCUUCCCUUAGUGAAAUACUAUACCUCUAUAUUUUAUAAAAUAACUCAGAUUCGGAGAACCUUUCACUCUCUGUACAUUUUGGACUUCACAUUCAGAGGGGCAAGCAUUCCCGAGCCCUGGCCUAAGUUAUUGUUAUUUUAGGAGGAACACAUGUCCUUCAGACAUGGAGUAAUAGUAUUCGAUUGGAAUCCUACUAAUUCUGUAUCCAAAGGGAAAUCUUAAAUUUACAGCACAAUUCUGACAAAGAGAUAACUAGCUGUAAGGCGGUUAGGAUUAAGUAGAAAUCCCUACCAAAAGCAGAAAUAUUCUUCCUUAGAGUUCUCUCCUGCCAGCUGCUUUCAGAAAUCUGCUAGGAAAGCACUCUAAGAUCUGACUGAGAUCUUAUGAUGGAAGUGCCAAAAUGGUUGGGCCAAGUUAUAUUAGAUCCAAACCUCCUUCAGGCCUAGAGAAACCCACAGUUGAAUAUUGUGUGCCUUCAAGUCAUUUAUGACUUAUGGUGAUCCUAAGGCAGUGGCUCUCAACCUGGGGUCCCCAGAUGAUUUUGGUCUACAACUCCCAGAAAUCCCAGCCAGUUUACCAGGAAGUUGAAGGCCAAAAACAUCUGGGGAUUCCAGGUUGAGAACCAUUGCCCUAAAGCGAAUCCAUCACAGGAUUUUCUGAAGGUGUCUAAUUCACUCAUAGUCACCCAGUGGGUUUCCAUGGCCAAGUGUGGAAUUGAACCCUGGUCUCCAGAGUCAAAGUUCUAUGUCCAAACCACUACUUCAUAACCCACAUUACUACCAGGCUAUUAUGCCAGAAUGAGGUAAGACCUUAGUAAUUUCCAAGAUCUCUAGUGUAUAGUUGUCAUAUGGCAUUCAAAAUAGGUCCAACAGAUCCUUGGCCAUGUUGGCCCUCAAUUAUGCUGUUAAUCUCCAAAAAGAUUGCCAUUUUUAAGAUAAAGGUCUGCUCACUGCCUUAUAAAAGACAUACAUGUUUGAUCAAUGCUAGUGAUAGAUUUGAAUAACUGCUGGUAUUCAGGUAAAAAUGCUCGAUAAAAUUGUAAUUCUUUUAAUCUAGGGAUGUACUGAAAAGAUAGAGUAAAUUUAUGGUUUCAAAUUUGUAAAUGAAAACAGUAUUCUAUAGUAUUGCUGAAUUUGGGGCAUUGUUAAAUAACUGGGAUUCUAAUACAAACAAGUAGUUUUGAUUUUCAAAAUGUAAGUGCAUUUUUUUUUAUUUUGUUUUGCACUAAGGUGAAAUGGAAGGAGUGCGAAUUCUGGAAACGCUGCAUUUUUAAAAAAUCUUAAACAAUAGGGAAAAAAAUCUGCAAAUAUGUAAAAAUAUACUGUUAAAAUACCAUAUCUGUACUUAACACUGAUCAUUAUAUUCACAAGACUUACAUUUUCAAAAAUUGGCACAGACUCUGAGUUUGAACGGGUGCCAUAAAAAACUAUCCCAUGCUUUAAAUAGGAGCUUACAGAUUAAUACAUGGUUCUGAACUCUGCCUGGGAUAUUUAAUAAAAGGACUCCAGUCACAGGUAUUGCUGCAAAGAUCUUCUUCCAUUUUAUAAAUGCUGCAGGUUAGUGUAAUUGUGGUUUUUGUAUUGCAUUUAAUAAGAUCUGGAGCCCUUUCUAAGUAAUUUCACCGCCUUGCUCCUUUCUAAAUCUUUGGAUAGUCAGAAAAACGCUUCAUUGAAUGUCAUUUUAUGAAUGGAAUCACAAAUUAUGGAGGUCAAAAAUGUUAAUGACAUAGUACUCUAAGUCAUAGUCAGGAAAUCUGGGGUAGUGGAUUGGAUAAAACAGAUGCAAGGCUAGGGAAAACAUAGACUUUUAGGCGUGACUGAUUAGCCCUAUACAAAGAAAGCAGAAUCUUUUAAUGAUCUGUUAAAUGUCAUUUAUUAAAUCAGAUUGAUAGAUACGAGCAAUAAAUAUAUUGAAUAAGAAUAAAACAGAGAUGACAACUCUCUUUUUACAGGUUAAUUAUAUUGUAAUGCACUGUAGUUGUAAUUUAGCUACUUUAAAAAAUAUAUAUAUCUGCAUUUUAUGCCAUCAGUGGGUGCUGUAUUUUGCUGUAAUGCAUGGAAAAAUGGAAAGGAACAGCCACUGCCAAACACGGUGUUCUCUGUCAACAUGAUUAAGUGGUAGCAAAGGGACUGCUGGGAACAUAUACUGGAAAUGCCAUGCAACAUGACCUUCCUCAAUGUAAAAAAAUGUGGCUUGAGGUGGAAAUGAAACUAGCUUCCACAGGCAUAUUGAGGCAUUGUUGCUUAUAUCGGUUAUCAAUGCAUUUUUACCAAUACAAAUACCUCUUUCUAGUU